UAUUUUCUUUUAAGCUCUCAUUGCUUUGUUAUAUAUAUGAGUUAGAGUUCACUUGUUGUGUUCAUCUGCAACCAACUGGGGAAUAUAUAUACUGAUUUCUCCUAUGGAUACCUUGCUUGCAAACACCUUCUUCAAUCCCCUCAAUAUUUCUCUCUCUUUUCUCAUUUUGCUUUUGGCAUCUACGUAUCUACCCACUGCCAUAAUCUGCUUGGGUGAUAUCGGAGUUCCGAGCACCAGCACUGUGAAACCAUUAUGCAUUGAGGAAGAAAGUCGAGCACUUGUCAGCUUUAAACAACAUCUUGUUGAUCCUUCUAGUAGGCUUUCUUCUUGGGUGGGUCAUGAUUGCUGUCAAUGGGAAGGAAUUUCAUGCAACAACAGCACCGGCCAUGUUGUGAAGAUGGACCUCCGGAAUCCGUAUCCGUAUCCCGAUUCUGAUGCCAAGUGGGACGAGUCGGCUUAUAAUAAGUCUUGCUUGGGAGGUAAGAUAAAUGCUUCGUUGUUGAGCUUGAAACAUUUAAAAUACCUGGACCUCAGCUACAAUGAGUUUCAAGGCAUUCGCAUUCCGAUGUUCUUUGGGGAGCUUAAAAGUUUGCAAUAUCUCAAUCUCUCCCUUGCAUCAUUUGGGGGAGAGAUUCCCCCCUCUCUUGGUAAGCUGUCAAGCCUGAAUAUUUUUGAUCUCGGGAUGAAUUUCCGCUUGUCUUCCAGAAACUUGACUUGGCUUUCUCACCUCUCUUCCCUAAAAUACCUUAAUCUCAAUUACGUGGACCUUAGCCGCACAGGAGCCAGUUGGGCAUAUGAUAUUAACAUGCUUCCUUCAUUGUUAGAGUUACACUUAUCUUCGUGUCAAAUUGAAAGCAUUCCACUCUCACUCCAAAGGAUUAACUUGACAUCACUUUUGGUCCUUGAUAUGUCGGAUAACGGUAUUAAAUGUUCUUCAUCUCCCAGUUGGGUUUUUAAUCUUAGCAGCCUCAUGACACUUGAUCUAUCGUGGAAUAAUUUCAGUUGUCCUUUUCCAAAUGAAUUUGCAAACUUCAAAUCUCUAGAACACCUUGAUUUAUCUCAAACAGGCUUAAAAGGUCAAAUUCCGAAAGUCAUUGGAAAUUUGUGCAAGCUAAAGGUCUUAAGUCUUUCUUACAACAAGUUUGAUGGUGGAGGGAUUGAAGAGUUUUGGAGGAGCGUCUCAAAGAGUCCAAAUAAUUCAUUAGAGUCGCUAGAUUUGUCUAAUUGUGAGCUGGAAAGCCAAUUGCCGGCCUCCAUAGGAAUGUUAAAGAAUUUGCAGGAUCUCAACCUUGGUGGAAACCAUUUGUGGGGCUCAAUUCCUGAUUCCAUUGGAAACUUGUCAUCCAUGAAAACAUUGGACCUCUCUUUUAAUAAGAUGAAUGGCUCCAUUCCAAAAAGUCUGGGACAACUCUAUGAGCUAGUUCACCUCGAUCUGUCUUAUAAUUCAUGGGAAGGUACUCUAACGGAAGCCCAUUUCAGAAACCUCACAAGAUUACAAUAUUUUCGAGUGGGAAUUCAAGUCACAGACCCACCCAUGUCCCUCAUUUUUGACGUGGCUUCUGUUUGGGUUCCUCCUUUCAAGCUCCUAUCAAUUGCGAUCAUAAACUGUCAGGUAGGUCCUGGUUUUUGGGUAUGGCUUCAAUCUCAAACUGAACUGAUCCAAGUCACUCUUCGUGGUAUUGGAAUCUCUGAAGAUUCGAUACUAGAGGAAUGGUUGUUGAAGAUGUCUUCCCAACUCAAAAUUUUGGAUUUAUCUAACAACCAAUUAAGUGGAGACUUUCCAUCCCAUUUGAAAUUUCCAAAUUUAGAGUAUAUUGAUUUGAGUCAUAAUCAGUUGGAGGGCCCAUUCCCACUUUGGCGGUCCACUAGUGUCUAUGCCCUUUAUCUUGAAAGCAAUAUAUUUUCCGGGCCAAUUCCCUCGACUAUUGGCCAGAUGAUGCCCAAUUUGAAAAUUUUGUCUGUAGGAAGCAAUCAAUUUUCUGGGGAAAUGCCUUGUGCAUGGAGUGUGGGAAGCAAAAUUUGGUUUCUAGAUGUUGGUCACAACAAUCUCUCUGGUAAUAUUCCCACUUCAUUGGGGGUAUUAAGUUUACUGGAAGUAUUAAAGCUCAACAACAACAAUUUUGGCGGUGUAAUUCCUGAUUCCUUGCAAAGUUGUUCUAGUUUGAGGAGUCUUGAUCUUGGACACAACAAAUUAUUUGGGAACAUACCUCUAUGGAUAGGAAGAUCAAAUGUAUCCUUGUUGUAUAGGCUACAAUUACGAUCCAACGUUUUUACAGGACAUAUUCCCCAGCAACUGUGCAAUCUUCGGAACCUUCACAUCCUCGAUCUUAGUCACAACAACCUUUCAGGUACUAUUCCCAAGUGUUUUGAUACUUUAAUUUCACUGGUCAACUAUAAUUCUAAUGCCUUUGGUAUGGGUUCUGAGCAAGCCACACUGACACUAAAAGGAGCAGAGCUUGUGUACAACGUGACUCUAAAACUUGUAAAGAGCAUUGAUCUUUCAUCAAAUAAAUUACAAGGUGAGAUUCCUGAAGAAAUAAGCAACCUCAUCCUGUUGGGCACCUUGAAUUUGUCCAUGAAUCAAUUGACUGGAAAGAUCCCCUUCAAGAUCGGAAACUUGCAUUUGCUCGAAACUCUUGAUUUCUCGCACAACCACCUUUCAGGACAUAUUCCUCAAAGCUUGUCAUCUUUAACCUUUUUGUCCCACUUAAACUUGUCUUAUAACAACUUGACUGGAAGAAUUCCUUCUGGAAGCCAGCUUCAAACGCUCAAUGAUUUGUCCAUUUAUAUGAACAAUCCAUUGCUAUGUGGCGUUCCUCUCUCAACUAAUUGCCCUGGAGAUGACACUUUCCCAGCUAAGGAUGCGAAUGACAAGAAUGAAGAUGGAAAUCAUGAUAAGUUGUGGUUCUAUGUCAGCGUGGUACUUGGCUUCAUCGUAGGUUUUUGGGGCAUUUGUGGCACAUUGAUCUUGAAGACAUCGUGGAGAUAUGCCUAUUUUGAAUUCUUUGACAACAUCAAAGAUAAGGUAGCACUAGCAAUUGCAUUGAAAGCGACUUGUUUCAAAAGAAUUUUUUUUUGAGUUUGAUUAUAUAUGUAUGUGUGAUGUUUUCCCCUUUCUACAUUGUAUUUUUGGUACUUGCAAUUUAUGUAAUAAAUAAAGGAAUUGUAUCCAUCUUUCAAUAGAUGUUUCCACAAGCAACUUUAUGUAUUCUGAUUUUCUCUUGUGUAAAAACCUGGAAUUAAUAAAAACUAAUGUUUUUUUUAUUUCUACUAA